UUUCGAAGAUCCAUACUCAUUUUUCCACCAUCAGAUUUAAUUUUCAAUGCAUUCAAUCUUACUCCACUCAGUGAUGUGCGUGUAGUAAUUAUUGGUCAGGACCCCUAUCAUAACGACAAGCAAGCUCAUGGUUUAUGUUUUUCAGUGUCGAAAGGUGUUAUGCCGCCACCUUCACUUUUAAACAUUUUUAAGGAGCUAAGGGCAGAUAUACCAAAAUUCAAAAUGCCUAAUCACGGUUGUCUCGAAAGCUGGGCUCGGCAAGGUGUUUUCUUGCUCAAUGCAACGUUGACAGUGGAAGCUCAUAAAGCAAAUUCGCAUAGCCAUAUUGGUUGGCAAAAAUUUACCGAUGAAGUAAUACAGAUUAUAUCACGUAACUGUAAAGGCGUUGUAUUUCUUCUUUGGGGUGGAUUUGCUCACAAAAAAGAAAAAUUGAUCGAUGAUAAGAAACAUAUAAUAAUAAAGAAUGCCCAUCCUUCUCCACUCAGCGCUCAUAAGUUUUUGGGAUGUCGGUGCUUCUCGAAGGCUAAUAAAUCUUUAAUAAAACUGGGAAAAUUGCCUAUAGACUGGUGUAUUAUGUAA